AGCCAUUACUCCAGUCUGUCAUUAAAAGUCUGCUCAAAGUAUUUUCUCAACCACAGCCAAAAUUCUACCGAAGAAGAAAAUCAUGGAGGUCUUAAUAGAUUGUUACUUCGACCGUUUAUUCGAGGAAAUGGAGCGUGAUUGUUUGGCCUCUCGUCACAAACGCUGUCAGCUCGUCAGGUAUUUUUCGGACGUGAUAAACAGCGUCUCAGAAGCCGAGAGUCUCGAUACCAACGACGUGUGCGAGAGAAUAGUUAAAUCGGCCUUGCGUUACCACAACAUCAGUAUGUCGGAGAAUGGCUCAGUCUGCCUCCUGGGCAAAUUCCACAAUGUUUUAUACGUCGCUGCUAAAUUGUGUUACGACUGGAGUCUCAAUAAUAAUCGUGUGGUAUCACGUUUACUCAACGACAUUUACUACUGUGAAAAGACAUUCGAGAGGAUAUUUGUCGGUGCAAUAUUUGGAAUACGAGUGACACACUUUCUGUCGGGUUGGAAGAGUGAUUUUGCGGACAGGGAUGAGAAUAUCCGGGGACUCGUAUACUUCCUGGACCACGCUAUCAAGGGGCGAUUGGAGUACAUGUGCGAGUUGGACUCGAUGAAGCGGAGGUUUAUCGAUGUGCCAAUGGAAUCAUACGGUCAAGUGUUGCCCUUGAGAGUGGCCGUACAGCAUGGAGCACCGGACAUUCUCCUGAUUAUGCUGCGCUAUGGCGCCUCGACGGAAUCGGAUAAAUUCUCUCCAACGCCUUUGGAAAUUCUAUUGGCAAAAUUGAACGAGUACGAGACUGAGGACGAGCCCAAUCGCGUUAUACCCGAGAAUCUGCUAGUUUGCCUGAGAUUACUACUGCGAACAGUUACUGUGGGAUCGGUCAGAACACCCAGUCACAUUGCUGAAGUGUGUGGGAUAGAGAGUGUGACAUUGUGGGAGCAAUUUCCCAAUUUGGUGGAGAGAAAUUUCGUGAGGGCCGAUAGGAGUGGAUAUUGCCCGGCUGAGCUCAGACACUUGUGCCGGUGUAGAAUAAGACAGUGCUUGUUUGAUAAUUGGGCGCUACCGCAUGGAAUUAAAAGUCUGCAGAUACCGAGGACACUGCAGAAUUACUUGGAUCUGUUUUAUGACUAGGGACGGGUUUGGGGAUUGUUUGGGGGAGGUAUUAAACUUGUUACCUUAAUUUGUUGGGGCUUAUCGGAGAUGUAUUGGGGGAUCAACAUGUUAAGGGGAAAACAAUUGCGGGCAGAUUGGUUCUGAAAAUUUAUCGGGAAGGGAGAGGUUGGGAGGGAAUAUGGCAUAGUAUAUUUCCCACCAAGGGAAGGAAA